GGAGGGAAUGAGUAUUCAAAGCUGAGCCAAGGUUUCCUGUUGCAUGGGGCUGCAGAUAUAUAUAUAAACGAGCUUUUAAUGUGCCGGGCCAGUGUUUGCAAGCUGCUACGAGACCAGAGCACUCCCUAACUGCCUGAUUGCUUUCCCAGAUCCCUGAGGGUUUGAAAGCAACCACAAUGAACAAGUUCCUGUGCUGCACACUUGUGUUGUUGGACAUAUCUGUGAAAUGGACUGUCCAGGAGGAUCUUCCCCCAAAGUACCUCCAUUUCGACCCGGCAACCUCCCAUCAGAUAUUGUGUGACCAGUGUCCCCCCGGAACCUACGUCAAGCAGCAUUGCACGGCUUCGUCGAAGACCGAGUGUGCCCCCUGCCCGGAUCAGUUCUACGCAGACGAAUGGAACAGCAACGAUGAGUGCCAGUACUGCAAUGUGGUGUGCAAGGAGCUGCAAUACGAGAAAGUCGAAUGCAGCAGCACCCAGAACCGAGUUUGCGAGUGCAUCGAAGGGCGGCACCUCGAACUGGAAUUUUGCUUGAAACACACAGCAUGUCCACCUGGAUAUGGUGUUGCUGAGCAAGGUACCCCUGAAAGUGACACGGUUUGCGAGAGAUGCCCAGAAGGCUAUUUCUCCAAUGAAAUGUCACCCAAGGAAGCUUGUCAAAAGCACACCAACUGCAGUGCGCUGGGUCUCAAAAUGGUGCGCAAGGGGGACGCCACGCGUGACAAUGUUUGCCAGGGAGAAAAAAGCAACAAAUCAGAUCAGAAGUGUGGAAUCGGUGUGACUUUAUGUGAGGAAGCAUUCUUCAGGUUUGCCGUUCCAACAAAACUCACGCCCAACUGGCUGAACACGCUAAGGGAUAGUCUGCCAGGUAUAAAGGUCAACACAGAAACUACAGAAUGGCUUAAACAAAGGCACAGUCCUCAGGAACAGACCUUUCAGUUACUGAAAUUAUGGAAGGAGCAGAACAAUGGUCACACUGUGGUCAAGAACAUUAAGCAAGGUAUUGAUCACUGCGAAAACAGUGUCUCAAAACACAUUGGCCACCUCAACAUCACCUUUGAGCAGCUCAGCAUCCUGAUGGAAAAUUUGCCAGGGAAGAAAGUGGGGAAGGAAGAAGUCGACCGUAUUCUGAAGCUGUGCAAAUCUUCCGAGCAGAUUCUCAAGCUUCUCAGCUUGUGGAGAGUAAAAAAUAGAGACCAAGACACCAUCAAGGGAUUGACGUAUGGGCUGAAGCAUUCGAAAACAUACCAUUUCCCCAAGACGACGAUCCAAGGCCUCCGGAAGGUGGUCAAGUUCCUCCACAGCCUCUCGAUGUACAAAUUAUACCAGAAGCUUUUCUUAGAAAUGCUAGGAAACCAGAUCCAUUUGGUGAAAGUGAGGCGUGCGUAGUUUUAGCUAUCCAAUAUUUCAUACUCUACUUGCUGCUAGCAAUAACGAUUACAUUUUUUGUAUGUGGAUGGGGAGGGGGAAUGUUUUUCUAUAUUAUGCUUAUUUAUAUUUAUACGUCUGACUGGGAUAGCUCAGAGCUAUCCUAGAUCAUUUUAAAAUAAUAAUAAUAAUAUUGUUGUUGUUGUUGUUACAUUAAGCUCCUGAUCUGGAAUCUUAGGACAUCCGAAAUUUCCAGUGAAAUCAAACAGAUGUGCAGAGAAAUACCAGAACAGGCAUGCAGCCGUAUUUGCUAUUUAUAGUCACUGAACUCCAGAAUGUUGUACGUAUUUAUUAACUUGAAUGGCCGCAGUCUGAGAUCAAGGGUAGAAACAGAUGACCCGCUUGCAGAGAGGUCAGCACUGCAGCAUCCCAUAUGGUGAAUCUGUGGGGUGGGGUGAGGAACAAGCGUGCCAUUUCCUGGGGGCAGCUGCUCUUCUGCUCGCUCCCCCAACGUAGUUCUUACUCAGAUGCUCAAAAGAGGGUUUGAGGGCACCAACUGAGCAGGGCAAGGCUGGCCAGUCUGGUACACUGCAAAUGCUUUGAACUACGUUCCCAUCACCCCAUCAAGCACAGGCAAUGGUCGGGGGUGAUGAGAGCUGUGGUCUACUGCAUCCGCAGGUCGACCCAUCCAAUCGGAGAAGCGGACACGGAGCAAUGGAUUCAAACUACAAGAAAGAAGAUUCCACCUAAACAUUAGGAAGAACUUCCUGACAGUAAGAGCUGUUCGACAGUGGGAUUUGCUGCCAAGGAGUGUGGUGGAGUCUCCUUCUUUGGAGGUCUUUAAGCGGAGGCUUGACAGCCAUCUGUCAAGAAUGCUUCGAUGGUGUUUCCUGCUUGGCAGGGGGUUGGACUGGAUGGCCCUUGUGGUCUCUUCCAACACUAUGAUUUUAUGAUUCUAUGAAUCCACUCCUGGCCUUUGCAUGAUGAGCAUGAACCCCUGAUAGGAACUAACUGCUUUUUGGCAUAACUGAACACCAUGGCAGAAACCAGAGCGCCUGGAAACGCCGUUUACCUUCCCGCCACAGUGGUACCUAUUUUUCUACUUACACUGGCGUGCUUUUGAACUGCUAGGUUGGCAGGAGCUGGGACAGAGCCACGGGAGCUCACCCCGUCGUGGGGAUUCGAACCACCGACCUUCUGAUCGGCAAGCCCAGGAGGCUCAGUGGUUUAGACCACAGCGCCACACGCACCCACUCUUAAGUAUGUCCCGUUGAACAUGCUUAGUAGGGUCAUUCCCCACCACUGGGAACCAGAAUUGCGCAAGAUUCGGACCCAAUUCUCCUUCAGGCCUUCACACUCAAAACACAAAAGCCAGGUGCAGAGGCCCGUGUUUGUGGUGCCAAUGUGCCCACCCCAAGCCCCCUCCAGUUUGUUGGCCUCGUGCCUUUUUUCCAGUGCCUAUACAGAGCUCGAGUUUCUCUUUCUCAGGAACACCUCUGUCUCUGGUACAGAUCAGGAUCCGAAGCAGUGUGAGACGCUGCUUGACUCACGCACAAGAGCUUUUAAGCUCCCUCUUCAAGUGGCAGCUGCACAUUAGCCUCCCCCCCCCAAAAAAACCCUCUCUUCCCAACCUCUAACACACACGCACACCCCAACCAUCUUUCCCCUAAAUUAAUUUAACAUGCUUCCGGAUACCAGUUGCUGGAAACCACAGGAAUAGUGAGUGACCUUGUGCUCCUAUCCUGCUUGUGGAUUUCCCACAAGCGUUUGGGUGGCCGCUGUGAGAACAAGAUGCUGGACUUGAUGGGCCAUUGGUCUGAUCCAGUAGAGAUCUUCUUAUGUACUCCUAGGUAUGAAAUAUUGCCAUUCAAAGGAUUCCCCCCCCCCUUCUCCUAGGUGCAAGCGCUCAUACAUGGUGGAUAUGAAUCUGCCCCCGACCCCAAAAAUUCUUAAAAUGGACUUUUUAAAACUUGUGUGUUUGGGGUUUAUUUGUGGGGUUUGGGGGUUUCUUUUUAAUAGUAAUAAUAAUAAUAAUAAAUAUUAAUAUUGAAUAUUGCCAAAAGUCAGCCUUUGAACCCUACUGCAAACUUUGCCCUCUCCCCAAGUAAAAUACUUGGUUCUUUUUAACGAAAUUGAAUAUAGUGCCCCAUGUACCAGGCAGGGCCGUCUUAAGCAUAUGGAACGCUGGGGUGCAAAGAUCCGCCUGGCGCCCCCCGCCCCUGUCCCAGGCACACAGGAGGGCUGAGCGAGCUGGCCGGCUUAGCGUCUUGCUGGAUCGGUUGCCCCCGAACUCAUGCCCGCAGCAGAAGAGCCCACCGCGGCACUCCAACCGAAGGGCGGGCUCUUCCCUGGACUCCACUCUCAGGCCCCGGACUCUCGGCCUGGCGCCCCUGAGAGCCCGGCGCCCAGGUGCCUCGCACCCCUAGUGCCUAUGGGUAAGACGGCCCUGGUACCAGGUGUAGAACAAUGGGGAGCUCAACUGAGCAGGGACACAAUAAGGCAGGGGUGACCUGCUGCUGUUGUGGACUGCAGUACCCAUCAUCCCUGAUCAUUGGGCAUGUUUGCUGGGGGUGAUGGGCUUUGUAGUUCAAAGCAACUGUAUGGUAUUACAGUGGCUGGCCCUGUAACAAUUGUUGCAUAGAUUGUUGUUGGCCAACUUUUAAUGCUGACCGAACUGCAGUGUAGGAAGCUUUUCAUCUGUUUCCACCCUCAAAUGAGAGAGAGAGAGAGAAAGGAAUAGAUUGUACACUGUCUAUUUUCAAGCUAAAGGGAACGAGGAGGUGUAUUUAUAAGCUGCACUUAUGUGAUGCUUCAUAUUGGACCCAUCCUUCAUUCUUAUUCUGUGGAUUUUUGAAGAUUGUUUCUUAGGUUCGUCUGUAUAGGUUGUGAGGUCUCGUGGAUGUAAUUUCCUAAUUCAACUCAUUUUUUUUUUUAAAAAAAAGUUAUAUGGUGGAAAUAUAUCAUAAACAAGUUGUAUAUGAAGUAUUGUUUUAGAAAAUGAAUGUACCAUAUUUAAAAAGGUGGGUUUCUAGGUUGGAUAUUGAUCAUAUUUUAUAAACCAUUUUUUCCAUAAUAAUAUGACUUGUGUGGUCUUUUGAGCCCUUCACAUAGAAUUGGAGAAUUGCAAGGGUCCUCUAGUCCAACCCCCUGCA